UCAUGGACAGGACACCAGGUUAGGGAUCUCAAAGGAAAGUUAUGAAGCAUUUUGUUAAGACCUUUAAAAAUUCCACGCAGAGCCUGGCUUAAGUAGAACAUAUGUAACUGCUUAGUUGAAAAAUGGAACUGGCAGCUUCACCCAGAAUGUGACACUUCUAAAUACAUUCAAAUGGAGCCAUUAUUAUUUCUCAUCUAUGUAGUAUUUUGUUUUUGCAAGAUGGCAAAAUUUCACCAUUACUCCUAUGCCAUGCUUAUAUCCAUCUCGACUCAACCGGCUAAUCUAACUGUACAGUUCAAUCAGAAAACCAGCCCUCAGUUGUCAGAACGGUAAAACAGUUUUCCGUGUUUUCAAAGCCAGAAAUGCAAGCAUGCGGUGAGACUUCAAGGAUUUACUGUUGUCCAAAGUUCUGACUCUCAGGACUCAUUUUCUCACUCGGUGUUCGCACAUGGAAAACUUCAUUGGGGAAUUAUAGGGUGACGUUUUCAAGACCUGGAACAGUGAGAUUGUCUACAGUUACCUUUCUAAAAACCAAACCAAAAAAUCCCUGUAAAAGCAUUUGGAAAAAAAACUAUUCCAGGGAAGCCAAGUAUAAACAACUUUCUGCACUGAGUCAAGCUGUACAAAUUGCAGAUAUUCCCUGGUGCGGGCAUCAUUUUACUCCCACACACCACUUCCUACAUCCAGCAGCUCCAGUGUGUGUGGACCUCCAGAGAGCGAGGGGAGUUUUACAAGGAAAGAGAGCACUCACCACAGGAACAAGGAAACUAGAAAAGGCACCCUGGGCUCCGUGCUGGGUCCUGCCUCAGCUCUUCCACACCCCCUUGGAGACAGAGGGGCACACCCAGCCACCGCCCCCCCUGCUCCCCAAUCCCUUGCCAGGCCAGCAUCAGGCCCCCAUAGCCAGGGCUCACAUGCCACCAAGAACCCCCACCAUCCCACAGGAAGAUGUCAAGAUCAGCCCUUUGACGGGGAAACCAAAGGCUGGCGUAUUUGUAUUUCGAGAUCAGCAGAAGCCCUGGGGGGCAUAGAGUAUGGUGACUUUGCUGAACCAAGAAUUAGGACACGCUGUUUGACAGCAGGACUGAUUCGAUUGGAUGUGAACUUGAGACUGUCCCAGGAAAUUCCGGGCGUCCCUGCAGGAUCCAGAGAUGUGAGCUGAGCCCUGUGUGUACUCUCCUGUGGUGGCGCCCUUACCAGGGCAGCCCGGGGACAUCCCGGGCACAUGCCACCCGCCCUUCCUCAUCCUCCCUCUUCUGCUGGAGGGCAGUGGCCCAGGCCUGGACCCAUGAUGGGGACAGGCGAACACCCAGCUCCGCUGAGCGGUCCACCCCUUCUCAGCUGCCUCCCCGACCCCAAGAAGGGGAACCCCGGAACCCAAGAGUCUGCCUCUCCCUUUCCCCGCUCCCUCCUUGGGGAGUCACCAGUGCCAGGAGCACAGACAGUGCCCUCCCGCCUCCUCCCAGGCUCAGCUCCUCCACCUGUGCCUGGGGAAGCCUGCAACCACCUUUGGGGUAGGCAACCCUGCCUGUGGACGCGGGUUCCCCAGUGUGGAGCAAGCAGCGAGAGGGUGUUAUCACAUGGCCCUGACCGCGGAGAGGCAGUCAAAGAAGGUGCAGUGAGGAAGUGUAGUGUCACAUGCAGCGCUCACAGGAAACGGGCCAGCAGCUAGCACGGGAACUUGAGAACGGGGUCGUUUGCAGCCGAUUAAAACAACACAGACUUAUCAGCAAGACUGUUGAAAACUUAGCUGUCCAAGAUGCCCGUCCCUCCCCCUCCAGCGCCCCCGCCGCCGCCCACGUUUGCUGUGGCCAAUACAGAAAAGCCUGCCUUGAAUAGGUCAGAGCUGGCUGGGAGGAAUGCUCUGCUCUCCGACAUCAGCAAAGGGAAGAAACUUAAGAAGACCGUCACCAAUGACAGAAGCGCCCCGAUACUGGACAAACCUAAAGGAGCCGGAGCUGGUGGCGGCGGUGGCUUUGGUGGAGGCGGCGGAUUUGGCGGAGGAGGUGGCGGCGGAGGUGGCGGCAGUGGCAGCGGUGGCGGAAGCUUUGGAGGGGGUGGACCACCCGGUUUGGGGGGACUGUUCCAGGCUGGAAUGCCCAAGCUGAGAUCCACAGCCAACAGGGACAAUGAUUCCGGAGGAAGCCGACCCCCGAUUUUGCCACCAGGAGCAAGAGCCACGUCUGCCAAGCCGUUCUCACCGCCCAGCGGCCCGGGGCGGUUCCCGGUGCCGGCUCCGGGCCACAGGAGCGGGCCCCCGGAGCCCCAGAGGAACCGCAUGCCUCCGCCGCGGCCCGACGUGGGCUCCAAGCCCGAGAGCGCGGCCCCUCCGGUGCCCAACACGCCCAGACCCAUCCAGUCCAGUCUGCACAACCGCGGGGCGCCCCGGCAGCCCGGCCCCGGGCCCACGCCGCCGCCUUUCCCUGGAAACCGAGGCGCUGCUUUUGGAGGAGGCUCCGUCCGCCAGACCCCCUCGGCCUUCUCCAAUCGGCCGCCCUUGCCCCCGACCCCGAGCCGGGCCUUGGAGGACAAGCCCCCUCCGCCGCCGCCGCCGAUGGGCAACCGGCCCUCCCUCCACCGGGAAGCGGGCCCGCCGCCGCCCCCGCAGAACAGCAAGCCCCCGGUGCCGUCCACGCCGCGGCCGUCCGCCCUGGCGCAGGCGCCCCCGCCGCCGCCCUGCAGGCCCGGCCCGGCCCACCCGCCUCCGGCGUCCGGCGGCGGCGACGAGAUCCCGAGGCUCCCGCAGCGGAACCUGUCCCUCAGCUCGUCCGCACCUCCCCUGCCUUCGCCUGGGCGCUCGGGGCCUCUGCCUCCCCCGCCCAGUGAGCGGCCCCCGCCCCCCGUGAGGGACCCGCCGGGCCGAUCAGGCCCUCUCCCACCUCCUCCUCCAAUAAACAGAAAUGGCAGCACAUCUCGGGCCCUGCCGGCCACCCCGCAGUUGCCGUCCAGAGGAGUAGACAGUCCCAGGAGUGGGCCUCGGCCCCCCCCUCCUCCAGACAGGCCUGGUGCUGGGGUGCCUCCCCCACCUCCACCAUCAACAUCAAUUAGAAACGGCUUCCAAGACUCUUCAUGUGAAGAUGAGUGGGAAAGCAGAUUCAACUUCCAUCCGAUUUCUGACUUGCCACCUCCAGAGCCAUAUGUGCCAACAACCAAAAGUUAUCCCAGUAAAUUGGCAAGAAGUGAAAGCCGGAGUGGAUCCAACCGAAGAGAAAGGGGUGCCCCACCCCUUCCCCCCAUCCCAAGGUGAUCCUAGCCUGCUCUUCUCCACCCGAGCCCAAGAGCUACUUCUGUUGUUGCUAUCAAGAGUUGCACACCCUCCUCCCCUUGUCUUCCUUGUCCCUUUCAUACUGGGAGUAGGGAAGAAGGGAGGGUGAUGUGGGAAUAUGUGUGUGGGGGGUGGGAAUGCAAUGAAUGCACCUAGAUUUUUAUAUUGUGUAUAUCCUCAAAGCUAUUGCUUGCUUUAGCUACAGCCCACCAGUGCUGACUGCUUGGGUUCAACUAGCUUUUAUGGCAAGUAGGCAGAGAUGAACUGUGUCCCAGCUUUCAACCAACCAGAUUCAAACAUUCACUGCAUGUUUGCUACAGAUAAUGUUAAAGUCCCUGAGAGCUGCUUGCUUCCAUGCCAUUUUUGCGUGCUUGGCCUCCUGUCUGUUUCCAUGAACCACAGACCACCUACACAAGUUGCUGAGCAAGGGUGCACAUGACAUUUUUGUGGUUAUAGAUUAUAAUCUUUGGCAGCCUGAGGCAGGCUCUAGGACAGACUGUCCAAUAGAAAUACAGUGUGAGCCACAUAUACAAUUUAAAUAUUUCUAGUAGCCACAAUAAAAAAAGGAAAAUAAAAAGGUGAAAUUAAUUUUAAUAUAUUUUUAUCCAAAAAUAUCAUUUUUACCUGCAAUUAAAAUAACAAUUAUUAAUGAGAUAUUUUACAUUAUUUUUUUUUUGUACUAAUGCUUCAAAAUCUGGUUUUGUGUUUUACACUUAAAGCGCAUCCCUACCUGGACUAGUCACAGUUCAAGGACUCAGUGACUACAUAUGGCAGUGGCUGCCAUAUUGGACAAUGCAGGUCUAGAAGACAGAGGCUAGCACAAAUACCUCCUGUUUAAAAAAAAAAAAAAAUGCACAAUAACGUUUAGCAAUUCAAGAGGUCACUAAAAAUAAAGUUAGGACCCAACACCUUGCCUGGCAGACAGCUUGACCUUAGAUUGUGCUCCCUUAUUUUCCCUUCUUCCCUUAGUAUCUGUGUACAAGUGUUGCUUCACAGUCCCAAGGUCAGAAAUUACUCUAAUAGGGUUUACAGUUACGUGGAAUAAAGCCAUUGCAAGGAAACUGAAAGCCUGUUGGGGCUUCUGGGCUCAGAACCAGCUGGCUGGAGAGUAUCUGUCAGCUGGACUUCUGCCUUGCCCAUUGGAAGAGGCCGCCCAGCUUGCUCCUCAGGCGGGGAGGUUUGUAGGCUCAGUAGUGGGAGUGGGGAGGGGGUAGUCAGGGAAAGGUAGCAAAUCAGAAACUCAGAAGAAGGGAUCAGAUUUGGCUUGAUGAGCAAACUCUAAAAAUCUAAAUCUGAUGCUUAUGGGGUUGAGAGAAAGAGAUUGCUACUGGAAAUCAGAGGGAAUUUGCUUUGAAACUAUCCAAAUGCAGCUAUGCAAAUACAGCUCCCGAAGGGACCUUAGGGAAGAGCCAGCCUUGCCUUUUUUUGUAUGAUUUUGUUUACAGACUUUACUGGGAUUUUUAAUCUAGCUACAGAGUUGGGGGAAAAAUGUCCAUUUAGUUAUUUUAUAACAGUUGAUUAUGUUUGAAAUUACCAUUACCUGUUUUUCAAAAGCACAUGGUCACAAAUGUAUAUGUAUAUCUACCUAAAGUUUGUAUCAUGGUUUCAGUGUAUUGUUCAUCUGUGACUGAGAGAUGCUAACAAGAAAUCAAUCCAAAGAAAAUUUUGAAAGAAGCAUUCCUAUUUAUAGAAGAAAUAACUGUUUCAUUUAUAUAAAAGCAAAAGAACUUAGAGUUCUAUUAAAUGGGAUGUCUAAAUAAUUAUGAUGUUGCCCAUUUGAAUAUACUGUAUUUUUAUAACUUUUCUUGCCAAAGUCCUGGGCUUAGUACAUUAGAGAACUUGGGUCCCUCCCUCCUCUACUUUUAAUUUGUCUUUCAGGCACUUGGGGUCCUUUACCCAAAGAAUCAAGAAAUAAAAAGGUAUAACAAGCUUGGCAAAGUAUUUCCUCCCCCCAAAAAUGGUAUUGCUCAUAUUUUGGUAAUAUAGCAGCAUCGUUUUAUUUGGGAUUCUUUGAUCAGGUAUCAUUCUUGAAUCUAUAGUUGAUUAAAACUCCUAUGAGAAAGCCUAAUGACCCACUUCAGAAAAGAGGCCUUGCUAGCAAAUAUGGCAGAGGAAAGUGUGACCCAAAGAAAGGGGGUCUGGAUUUUGUACAGGGAAGUACGAAUAGCCAAUUUCCUUGUAUAUCUCAACUUUGCAGGUACCAUCCUAAAGUCUGAAACAGGGUCACAACUCAAAGUUACUAUUCACCCAGGAGGGAGAUGUUUUAGAAUGUUUUUUAAGUGAAUGUUUCAUGAAUACACUUACAUUCUUGCUUUGAAAGUUAGCAACCUAAUUGCAUCCAAAACUCUGAAUAAGUUCUAUGCUAAAACUUUCAACUAUGGUAAAUCACAAAAAUGAAUAAUUUUCUUCCCUGAAAUCAGAGCUUACAUGUGUUUUUCCAUAAAAUUUCCAGGUAAUGUAUUCAAGAUGCAAUAUAGUAUUUUAACAUUCACACAUCAUUUUAUAUUGAAAUGUAUUACAGUAUUAAAAUUCAGUGUUCGGUAUUUAUUUCACUAUGCAUUUUAUUUAGUAAAAGCCUAGAAAGUGUUUAAUCCAAUGGUGCCUUACUUUGUGAUUGGAAAGAAAUCAACUUUUUAUGUCUAAGUAGCGGGUUAUUUGCAUAUUUGUAACAAACGGUUAGGCCUUUAUAUUUUAACUUGUAAUACCAAUUGUGUUAUCUUAGUAAGAUAUGGGAUGGGAUAAUUGUUAAAGUGCCCCAAAUUUUUGGUAUGAAAUUAAUUUUCCCCUGUUUAUAGUCAGGGACUGUAAAGAAAGAAAAAAAACAUUUUUCAUACCACUGCACUAUGUAAACAAACACAUUUUGGUAUCUAAGUCAUGGGGAUAGUUUAAAUGGGACAGAGUCUAUCCAAGACAUCUGUGUCUUUGUAAGUUAACCACCAAAUAAAUAAAAGCAGAAUGAUAUGAGUGUCAA